CCACAACGGCAAGCCAAGCCAGGAAUCUCGAUUCUCGAAACCCUCGCGAACGCGAACGACCUCGAAGGCUCGAAACCAGGCGGCGCGCCGAGCAUCCCGCGCCCCGUCUCGUCGUCGCAGCCUCCGGCCAACUUCGACGAGCCUAACGCUCGACGCCGUCUCCAUGGCCACCGGCGAGCAGCAUACCACAGCGCAGAUCUCUUCCUCCUCCUCCAAUUCUUCCGGGAGGCCCGUUACUCCGUUCUGGAAAGAGAAGUACGAGCGGGACGCGCGGAGGUACUGGGACAUCUUCUACAAGCGCCACGAGGACAAGUUCUUCAAGGAUCGACACUACUUGGAUAAAGAAUGGGGGAAAUACUUCGAAGUCCAAGAUGGGGCUAAUAUGGUGGUUUUGGAGGUUGGUUGCGGAGCUGGAAAUACAAUAUUUCCAUUGCUGUCUACAUAUCCAGAUAUAUUUGUUCACGCCUGUGAUUUUUCUUCACGAGCUGUUGACUUAGUCAAGAAACACAAGGACUUUAGACCUGACCGGGUUAAUGCAUUUGCAUGUGAUAUUACAUCAGAGCAACUGACAGAGGGCAUGGAGCCUUCCUCUGUUGACAUUGUGACAAUGAUCUUUAUGCUCUCUGCAGUUGCACCAGAUAAAAUGCCUUUAGUACUGCAGAAUGUUAAAAAUGUCCUAAAACAUGGUGGUCGCGUGCUCUUUCGGGACUAUGCCUUUGGUGACCUUGCUCAGGAAAGACUUAUGUCCAAAGGCCAGCAAAUAAGUGAGAACUUUUAUGUCAGAGGUGAUGGCACGCGUGCAUACUACUUUUCAAAUGAAUACCUGGUGGAUUUGUUCUCGGAAUGUGGAUUUGCUCUUGAGGAAAUUUGUGUACACAACAAAAAGGUUGAGAACCGUUCACUAGACUUGGUGAUGAACAGGAAUUGGAUCCAAGCUACCUUUACUCUCAACCCAGCUGGUCCUGUUGAUACAAAUAAUCAACAUAACCACCAGAGCUGUGAAGGAAAGGAGGAUAAACUAGCUGGUGCCAUGUCUCAGAAGAAGAGCCCUAAUGAAGAAAUCGACCUUUCUGUGGAUUUUAGCAAUAUGUUUGGAGCAUCACACUAUCUUGAUGAGGCACAAACCAUUACGAUUAAAGCAAAGGGUCACAACUUCAAAAUUAAAAUGCUCACGAAAGAAUACCAGCACACAUGCAAAUCAACUGGUCUAAUGCUCUGGGAAUCAGCUCAAUUCAUGUGCAGUCUUCUAGCGGAAAAUCCCUCCAUAGUUGCCGGCAAAAGUGUGCUGGAGAUAGGCUGUGGCUCAGCUGGCAUCUGCUCAAUGGUUGCUGCCAGUUUUGCUCGGUUUGUUGUUGCUACUGAUGGGGAUGCAGAAUCGCUUGAUCUUCUUAGACAGAAUACUUCCUCAAAUUUGGAGGUUGAUUUGCGUAACAGAAUUUUGAUUAGGAAGCUAUUUUGGGGCGAUGAAGAUGAUAUGAAGGAAGUCAGAGAGCUUUCUGGUGAUCGUGGAGGUUUUGAUUGUAUAAUAGGCACUGACGUCACCUACAAUCCUGAUGCUAUACUUCCUCUCUUCAGAACUGCUAGGAAACUGAUCUCUGACAAGAGCAAUGGUGAUUCAGAGGCAGCCCUGAUUCUGUGCUACAUUCAGCGCCGUGUUGAUGAGGAUUCUAUCCUUUCUAUUGCAACAGCCCAGGGCUUCAGACUUGUAGACAAAUGGAUAAAUGGAGUUCAGGAGAGUAAUGGUAUCAUUAGCUCUUGGUUCUGUGGUAAUGAUGUAUGCAGUGCUUUCCGGAAUAUAACACUUUCCAUUUUGUAUUUUGAAGUGUGAAACACUGGUGCCUGAAUUUUAUGGUUACCAUACUUGCAGAUUUUAUUUUAUUUUUCCCUUGCUACUGUACUAAAGGAAUGUUGUUGUAUGUCACAACUGUACUGAUAGAAUUAUAUUUAAUUUUGCCUCCUAAUUGUUUGAAAGA